AUGGUCACACGGGAUCGAGCCGAGAAUAGGGACUGCCCCAAGAUGCUUAAGCCGCUUGUGGAGAAGCGGCGGCGAGACCGCAUCAACCGCAGCCUGGAGGAACUGAGGCUGCUGCUCCUGGAACGCACCCGGGACCAGAACCUCCGGAACCCGAAGCUCGAGAAGGCGGAGAUACUGGAGUUCGCCGUGGGCUACUUGCGGGAGCGCAGCCGGGUGGAGCCCCCGGCCGCCGCGGCUCCAGGGUUCCCCCGGUCCCCAGCCCAGGACGCCGAGGCGCUCUCCAGCUGCUACUUGUCCGGGUUCCGUGAGUGCCUGCUCCGCUUGGCGGCCUUCGCGCACGACGCCAGCCCAGCCGCCCGCGCCCAGCUCUUCUCUGCGCUGCACGGCUACCUGCGCCCCAAACCGCCCCGGCCGGACCCGGUGGACCCCAGGGCGCCGCGCGCUCCGCUGGACCCCGCCGCCCCGGCGCCCGGCCUCGCGCUGCACCAGCGCCCCCCAGUGAACCCGGCCCCGCCUAGUCCGCGCUGUGCCUGGUCCCCGUCCCCCUGCUCCCCCCGCGCCAGGGAUCUCGGCGCCCCAGCGCCCCUCACCGGACUGCUGCCGCCGCCGCCGCCGCCUCACAGACAAGAUGGGGCUCCCAAGGCCCCGCCGCUCCCGCCGCCCGCUUUCUGGAGACCUUGGCCCUGA